UCUCAUAUGCCAAACGCUAUAAAGACAUCAAGCCCCGCGUUCGGCAGGCAAGGGGCUAGUCCUCCUCCAGAAGUACUUGCUACUUUCACAACUCGCCUUCUUCUUCUUCCUCUCGCCUCCUCAACCCUUUUCCCCUUAACACACAGCCUUCUGCACGCAACAUGGGCGCCUUCUGCCGCAUGCUUCAGAAAAGUCGCGAUUGCUCCGCCAACUUCAUAACCAAACUGGAAAUCAAUAUGCGCAUUCACAAGGCCCGGUUCCUCCCCUCACUUCCCAGCUCGACAACCUUGUCUGAGGAAUCGCAGGACUUAAGGCCCAUUGCUUUGGAUAUGCAACCAAAGUUUCCAGAUAGACCAGUUGACACCAUCGGCUCAACGCCCCAUCAAGGCGCUGCGUACCAGUACGUAGCUUAAUGGCCACCGCACCAACCCCUUUCUGCAUCUCGAUACUGAGUCAAAGGAUCUACCCUCAUCUCAUCGACCCCGGCAUACGUUUUCAACUCGUGUAUACUAUCAAGCGGACCGGAAAGCCAUCAUACCUUACAAGCUAGCGAGCUCUCCCUCCUCUUUUGGGCAUAAUGUCAUUGUGAUAUGGUCCUCCAUCUGGGGAAUAGAUAGCAACUAUGUCAGUCAUCACGUAGGAUGCCACACAAUAACUUAAUGAGCUGGAAUGCAUGCCAUGGGCACCUACCCACGACACCCCUGUGAUGCAUCGAUGCUGACCAACCUUCAACUGAACAACCCAUGUAAAAACAUGACCAUAUCCAUCCGGCGAA